UAGAACCCGGACAUGGUCCAUGGGUUGGGGCUCGCCAAGGCCCACGGGCCGCCCUGCUUCUAGCAUCGAUCCUCCCGCUUUACAUAAUCUCAGGUGCUCUAUAAGGCCUCCGUUUGCCGGUUACAUGUGCCCUCCUGUUACUUGUAAAAAAUGAAAUAUAUCGUCGAGAGGAGAAUAUAGCCGCCUGCAGCUUCUGCAACACGGAUCAGAGUUUUGACGGCUAAUUGGCUGUGGUUUACUGAAGGGGUAGGCUGUGCACGCCGCUUUUACAAAUGUGCUGCAACACCAAGAUGUAGUAGCACUGCGCGCAAAAUAUGCAGGGACGUCGAUUAUGCUUGGAUCAGUUGACAAAGCACAAAAUAAAGUUAAUCUAGCCACUUGCUUGUCUGACAUACGUGCAUGUGCUUGAUAAUUCACGAGCAAGCACGAGUAAAAUUAAGAUAUAGUAUCUUCUCGGCUGCGAUAUUCAGAAUCUCACUUCCGGAUCCUUUGUCGUUUUGCACUAGCUUGGUCAGAGCGAAUCUUGUGCUAGCAUAACCAACCUUAUAAGAAGAAACAGAAGGACAAAGGGCGUUUACCCUUUCGCUAUCCCAUCAGUAAAACAUUUAUUCAAUCAGUCAAUCAUUCGUAUACGCAUGCGUGCGUUCCAUGUUUUUUUACGUGUGUGUGUAUGCCGCAACCCUUCAAGGCGGUUUUCCGAACCCUUCAUUUAUAAAGUGAUUCACAAUAAACAAGCAACUAAUCAGUUCGUCAUUUUUCUUGAACAAUGCUUUCACUAGGUCACUCUAGCCAUGUCUAGUGUUUCUAGCUUUAACCAACGUUUCAGGUAUGGAUAAGCCAUACAGUUUCCUACAAAAAUUGUAGGAAACUCUAUAGGAUAAGCAGUUACAAAUUUUCACAGCGGCCGAUGUGCAGGUUCCGAGUCGCAUUUCAAGCAGUAACAUUUUUGCUUACGAGUUGUUUGGCUGUAAUUACGGCCAGCAAAUAAAUUGAAACUUUUUUUUUUGCAUUUUUAGUGACAUAAUGUACUUUACAAUAUAUAAUUUGACAUUGGCUUGGCAUCACGUGAUUUCGCCAGCAGAACGUGAUUCUGACUACUCACACGAAGCCAAGCUAUAGCCAAGCUAACAGUUGACAUCGUGCAUCGUGUGAUCGUGUGUGAAUUCAGUGUUGCGCUAUUGCUUACGCUUACAUUGUCACAUUAGACUGCCUCGCGGUGUUCGCCACAGCGGAAUGUUUGGGCUUUCGAACUUUUAGCAAUGUCCCAAAAUCAGCGGAAACGCUACAGGCAGUACCUGCAGCCGGACUCGAACGUUCAAGUGCCACGGCAAACUCGAGAGUACGUGCUGAAAAGAGCCAAGUCAUCCACUGCUGCAAGUCAGACGAAUCUGGCAAACCUGAGCAGCCCUUCCGCGGAUCUCACUAACAUUGAUUCCAACGAGAAUGAAGCAGAUCAUCUUGGGCAGACUGAUCUUGCUUCUGAAAGUUAUGCUCGUGAAAGCACAAGUGCCUAUGUCAGCAACGUAGAAGGCACUAACGAAUGUGCAAGCGAAAUAGGCAGUAGGGAUGAAUGCAGUUCUGCCUUCGAGUUGAACAAUGAUGAUGAUGCAGAUAGUCAACCAGAGAAUGCUGCUGAAGGAAGCGAGCAUGAAGCCCUUGAAGAUGAUGAGUUUGAUAUGUACUUCACAAAGCUUUCAGAGGAGUACCUUCCAAACCAGACAACAACUAAAGCACAGGCUCUUCUCCUUGUGCUGGCAUAUGUUGUUACUUCUGGCCUUACAUGGACACAACUACAAGGGCUUCUUACUUUAAUAAAUGCUCUGUUUGGGGUGCAAGUUGUGCCAUGCUCUACAUAUUCUGUGAGGAGGCUGUGGAAGAACAGAAAAGAAGCAUUAAGGAUCCACCUAUACUGCCAGAACUGCCAUCAAUAUCUGGGAAAGUACAGCGAUGUCAAAGAUGAAGACACCAUCACUUGUGCUUCUUGCAGCAGUGAGAAGAAGCUGCAACAUUUAAUGAAUUCUGCAAGUUUUUUCCUAAUGUUUAACAUUAAGCAGCAGCUUCUGGUGCUAUUGAAACAGGUUGGCAGUACCUUGCUUUCCAAUUUGCAGAAGAUUGCAUCUGUUGCUCAUGUGUCGGGUGUCUACUGUGACAUCACGGAUGGCAUUCUUUACCGCAGUGUUAGAAAGCAGAAGAACAUGACAUGGAGCGACAUCACUUUGACUAUGAACACUGAUGGGGCGCCUGUGUUCGAUGCUAGUAAAAACUCUAUAUGGCCAAUCCAAGUGAUGGUUAAUGAACUGCCAGUUUUAACUCGGUGGCAAAAUGUGCUAAUUUCAGGUGUCUGGUAUUCGCAUGUUCACCCACCUAUGCACCUCUUCAUGAAGCAGUUUGUUGAAGAAGUCAACAGCAUCGGAAAGCUGGUGUGGUCACACGCUGGAAGAACUAUUGAGUCAGCAGUGCACGUUAUUGUGUGUUGUGUGGACUCCCCAGCAAGAGCCGCUAUCCUGAACAGGAAGCAGUACAAUGGGUAUUUUGGGUGCAGCUGGUGCUUGGAGCAAGGCAUCACUAUAGAUGGCACAAUGAAGUACCCUUUCAACAGCCAGAACGCCCCUGACAGGACUCACAGUGGUGUGCUCAAAGGAAUGGUUGAAGCAGCACAGCGUAAGGAACCUGUCUGUGGUAUCAAGGGACCAUCAACUCUGGUCAAGUUGCAAGGCCUUGAUCUUGUUUGGGGGCUUCCACCUGACUAUAUGCAUUGUGUUUUGGAAGGCGUUACCAAGCAGAUCACUGAAUUGUGGCUGUCGUGUACUGGUUCCUCGUGGUAUAUAGGCAGGCACUUGAAGCACUAUGUACUUUCACUGCCAGCAGCUGCUCACUACACCCAGUGCAUUCGAUGUGCCACACAUUUUGCAGUGCCGUCAUCCACCUCCAACUGA